AUGAAAACCUCCUCCCGUGCGAAGAAGAAAUCCUCCACUAAGCUUGGAUCUAUGAAAUGCAAGAGACGACCUCCCCUUAUCCUCCACCGAGAUGAACCCCGCAUUAAUUUAAUUUUGUUGGUAUUGCCUGUAUUGAAGGCUAAGCUUGACUCCAUAGCUUCUGAAGUAGACAAGGAAUGGGAUGAGGGUAAACUCCCAAUGCCAAAGGUUGUUAAACGUCUAACAACUUACCAAAUUUAUCUAAAGAAGGAUGGUUCUUUUCCAGAGUGGGAACCCGAAUUCGAGAAGGGAACCACUGUUGUGGGUCUUGUUUACGAAGAAGGAAUUAUUGUUGCUGCUGAUCGUUCAGGCAAAUCAUUAGAGUUCCCGCCAAACUUCGUUCAACUGAAUUCUCACAUGCUGGCCACAAUUUCCGGUGGCAGUGGAAGCGAGUCUUUGCUCAAAGAUCUGCAGAAGAAGUGCAACAUACAAGAACAGAUGAAGGGGAGGAAACCUUCGGUUGCAGAGGUAUUGCACUGGCUGGCUGAGGCUCUUUCAGCUUACAAAGAGGAAGUAGGGAUACUGAUUGCCGUGUGGAGUGAAUCGGAGCAUGGCCUAUAUCGCAUGAAUGGUAAUGGGGAACUUGUUGAAGGUAAUGUGCUUGCAACUGGAUCUGGCUCAAGUGGAGCUCUGUAUGAAGUUAGAUGCUGCGAAAGAUUUGUGCCGGUCACUCGAGCUGCCAAUGUUGGUAGAGUUAGCCUUCGGUCUGAGUAUGCUCCUUAA